GGGUUUUUGCGCAUGUGUGUGUGUGCGUGUGCCUACUGUUUGGAUGAAGGUGCGAAAUAAUAAUUGUGCAACUGUUCAUUACCUGCCUUGCAUGACCCUCUUGUGUGCUCUUCCUGAGCACAAAGACUUUCUGCUCUUGAUUUUUCCUAAUUUGUGAUGCACCUCAGGCUUCGCUGCCAACCUCCUUCCAGCUCUGUGUCCCUUAAAUCCUUAAGCUUCUGCUUUGAUACCUAAAGUUGCCAUGUGCAAAAAAAAUAACCCAAGAUAGCAUUUUAAUUUUGUGCUUUUCAUGCCACACAUAACCAUUUGCUUUUCAUUGCAGCAAGAAAUGAGAAAACUUGAUCAACCAUUUUGCUAGUUGAUCAGUUCUGCACUCUUGUAUUGCCAGCUACAUUGCAAAUGCAAAGAUCAUUGUCUAAACUGUCAAGCAUUGUAUAUUUCUAUUUAUGUGUCACUAAAAGUAGUUUUCUGUGGUUUCAUGUGGAUUUUGCUGGAAUAUUGUGCAAGAAAUUGUUCCUGGGUACACCCACCUGUACGGGUGUUUCAUGAAUCAGUAAUGAAUGUAUUAUAAGCCUGUUGUGUAUGAGUCACAAGUUUAGAUGUUGUUUUCAUUUCAUCCCAAGGCAAAUGAUAAUCCUGUUUUCCUAUUGUUACUUACCAUCAUUGGACAUACUGUAUAUCACCAUCCUUAUCUUUGAGGUAAAUUGAUUUGAACAGUAAAACCAUAGAAAAGAUAAUUCAAUGUAUAUAUAUUUUUAUCCACGGAACUGCCAGUAAAAACUGCCAAAAACAUUGUUAUUAUAGGGCUGACUCUUCUGUCAGUCCUUGGUGUAUUGCAAUAGGAAUUCAAUAUUUUUGUGUAAUAUCUUGUGAAAUCAUGCAACUCAUCCCUUCAUUUCAGUUCUGCACGCUAUCUUAGGUGCUGUAAAUCCCCCUUUGCUGUUGUGGCCUGCCACAAAAUACACUGUGCUGUGUGUUUUGCCUGAUGGACAGCUGCUGUAUCUAUGUGCAGACAGCCUGGGCUUGACUGUGUUGGCUAGCUUUUGUGGAUGGUGCUAGCAAAGCUUUUGGCUAAUGUGACCAGACACAAAGUUCUACAGUGUCCUUCAAACUCACAGCCCAGCUGGAGGAAUGUAUCAGUCAGGCAACUUGUGAGUCUGCUAUGAAAGAAGACGAGCAUCAAGUGGCGUCGCAACAUGAAAAGCAGGUGGUCGUUGAAAGAGAAACACCUGAAGGAACAGAACCUCCUCUUCCCUCUGUGAAAGAUCCCCUCUCCGAUGUCCCCUCAAAGGAAUCGGGUAGCAAUGAAAGAAAGGAUGUGGUAGAAGAAGCUGAAGAAGCACAAGAGUCUUCACCAGCAGACGAACCCCCAAAAGAGGGAAUAGUGUCACCAGGCAAAUCAGGAUGCUCUAUGAUUGAAAGCCUGGAAAAAACAGAGUUGAUGGGAACUGAGGCAGACCAAGGCAUUAGAUUGCAUGAAAUGCCAGAGACUGAUGUUCAGAAAGUUGACCAAAGACAAGAAUUAGUGAAAUUGAGUCCAGACCCUGUUGCAGAGUUCAAAGCCACAGGAAUUUUACUUCCUGGAGCAACUACCUACUUUGAAACAUCGUCAAAAACUGAGGGAGAGGAGCCAGCAGCAAGUCAGAGCUAUUAUGAACUCAGCGCAUCAGCAGAGAUGGCCUUAAGUGGAGAGAGUGAAUCCCUUAUGCACAAGCAAGAGGAACAACAAGAAAAGAAAGUGAGGACAUCCACCUCUAAGAUGUCUUUAGAACAGAGAAGCCUCUCAUUGAACAUUAAUGUUGGAGAGAAAUUGACAAAAGAGAAAUCAAUGAUCUCCCCGAGCAGCUUGUGUCCAAUCAGUGGUAGUUUUGAUGAAUCUGAGAUUUACCCUUCAACACCACCUCUGGAGAUCCUUAAAUCUACAUUUCCUCCAGCUGUUUCCAUUAUCACAACUUCCUGUGAAUCACCUGAAGAUAACCCUGCUAAAACUGAAAUGCCUCAAACUUCUGACAAGCACAGUUCCCCGUUGGAGCAUUCCAACAGCCUCUCUGAGAUGUUGGAUUUGGCAGGAACUCUGCCUCAGCCACCACCAGGGAGAAGAGAGGUUGACCACCUGAGACGGAAGUCAGUACCUGCCAACAUGUCAGCUCUUGUGGGGAGUUCUUUGGCCAAGCUCACAUUAGAAGAUCAAACUGCAAGAGUGGUGGGUAGGGAAAGCCAGCUGGAGGAGCUGGGUUACUGUGUUUUCAGUGAGUACUCAGCACCCAUGCCCUCUCCUGCAGAUGUACCCAGUCCUGGGCACUCUCCACAUCAGCAUUUCACUUCUAUGCAGAGUGAAGUGGAGGAAAAUCUUGGGGUCCUAGAAGUGGAGGGUAUCUCCCAGGGCAUCCAACAAUCUGAUCUCAAAAGAACAAUACCAGAGCAGUCUCAAAAAGCUCUAAGUGAGAAGAAAGAUGUACCAGUGAAGACUACCCUGAUGCUUGAAAAAGCUGUGACCAGUGGAGUAAAACCAGAUCGCCUAAGAAUUCCAAUGUCUUCUUCAAAGGAAAGACUGAAUGAGUUACGUUUGGAGAGUGGCUUACCGGGGGACAUUAAGAUUCAAGCAAUCCCUGAAGUUGAUGUUGAAAAAGACCCCUCCAGAGAGGCUUCUCCCAUUCCACCAGACAAUUCUUUCACUUUCAGUCCUGUGGAAACUGGAAGCAAGGGUCUCGAAACUCCCACCACCCCCAAGUCACCAGGUGAUAUAGUCUCAGAAAGCCAAGACACCAGAGAGGAACCCUGGACAGAGGUCAAAACAGAGAUUGACAUGAAGUCUCAGAGUGCUGACAAUAAACAGCAAGAUUUAGAUGAAAAAACGCCAACAGCUGAACAGAAACAAUCAGAAGAAAAUUGUAAAGCACCAGAGAUUGCACACAGAGAAAUAGAUUCAACAUCUUCUCAGCCUUUAGGAGAGACCACAGAAAAGGAGGAUGACAAGAUUCAAAGUGAGCAUGGGAAAUCAACAGGGUUAGAAGUGCAAGAGACUUCAAAAUCUGGUCAUGAUUUGCACACUGAAGAGCACUUAGAUGAGAAAGAUGCCCGAAUCCAGGUACAGGAGAUCACGCUUGUAAAAGCCACAUCACCAAAACCACAAAUACCCUCCUCUGUCAUCAUUAUUCCUCAGGCACAAGUUGAGGAGGAAGCAGAGGAUGACGAUGAUAUUGAGAUUGCUGAAGAACCUCAAGAGAUAAUGGAGGAAGCUGAAGAAUUUGUUCGCCCAAGUGCUUGUUCACCUGAAGUUGUAAAGGAAGAGCCAAAGAAAGAAGAAGUGAAGUUGAUGGCAGGUGACCAGGUUUUGGAAGAAAAUUCCAAGUCUAGAGCAGAAAAACAUAGUCACUAUGACCAAAACCGUGAUGAUGGGGAGCCUGCAACACACAGUCCUCUCUUUUCUCCAUGCUCUGACAAUAACCUACUACAGACAACAGAGGGAGGUGGCAGAGAUGAUGGAACUGGGGAGAGUCAGAUUGACCCACAAAUAGAUAGUGAAGAGGGGAAGAAACACGAGGAUGAGGGGGUGAGGGAAGCUCAAACAGAAUCGGAAGUAGUUUCUGGUGAGAUAUGUGAAGAAAAAGAGCAGAAGUUCAUGGAAGAAAACAAUGAAGGUGAGAAGAAGAUGGGUGAAGAGGACAUUGGGGAGGAGGGGAAAGACCUUGAGAUUGUUCAAGAGACAGAAAAUACUGAUGGGCUCUGCACGACCAGUCAGGCAACUCAUGAUGAAACCACCAUGGAUGUCUCCAUCCUAGACACAGACAGUGGCUGGAUGGACUCACAAGAUGAUGACAAAAGUAUCAUGACUGAACAAAUCGAAGCCCUUCCUCAUGCCAAGAUUUCUACCAGUGCACCUGUGGUCGCGGUGGACAAACCCGCUAAACGGGCCCCUGGCAGAGGAAGGGGCCACUCCGGUGCCACUGACAGCAAAGUGUCCCGCAAAGUACCCAUCCACCACCCAAGAGAUGAGAUGAGGAAGAAAAAAGUCGGCAGUAGGAGGGCUGAUCAGAAUAAGGUGUCAGUCCUCCAAAGUCGCUCUCCGUCUCGAAAGAGCGUAGCCAAAGUGGCAGCCAGACAUCCUAGGCCUGCUCUGCUUCACGGCUCUGCUAGACGCAAGGCCACAGGCAUAGAAAGCCAUCAACCUCUUAGUGUGGCCCACCCGUCCAGAGAGAGACCCACUUCUCAGCAAAAAAAACCCAGCCCCACAAGGGCCGAACUGUUAAAGAUGGCGGUGCGGCAUCGGGGGUCCGGUCAGCAUCCCCCCCGGCCUGGCUCCGCCUGUAGCCUUAAACAGAGCCCAUUGGUGGAGGCGGAGCUCAGUGAGGCCCGCCCCUCCUCUGCAUGCACCCGCAGGUCACCUCUGCCAAACAAAUGGGCAGGGAAGGAGAGAGCGUACCGCAGCCCGGAGAAGAGGUCGUCCCUCCCCAGGCCAGCCAAGUCUCUAACACGCCACAUUCCUGCCGCUGAGCAAGAUGACAGCACCCCCUCCAGGCCAACCUCGAUCCAGUCCAGAGCGGACAACAGAACCGGAAGAGCCUCUAGUAUGGCAGCUUCAGACCUGGCACGUUCUCGAUCAGCCCGCAGCGGCACCACCACCCCCAGCUCGGCUGUCACGCCGGGCACGCCCCCCAGUUACUCCUGCCGCUCCCCGGGCUCGCGCACCCCGGGCAGCCACACGCCCAAAUCCUUCAGUGUCCUCCAGGAGAAGAAGAUCGCCGUGAUCCGAACCCCGCCCAAGUCGCCGUCCUCCGCCCAGCGGCAGCUGAAGGUUCUCAAUCAGCCUCUGCCCGACCUGAAGAAUGUCAAGUCUAAGAUCGGGUCAACCUCCAAUCUCAAACAUCAGCCCAAAGGUGGACAGGUUCAGAUUUUAAGUGAGAAGCUGGACUUCAGUCAUGUUCAGUCAAAGUGCGGCUCCAUGGGAAAUGUCAAGCACUCGCCCCAAGGAGGCAAUGUCAUGAUUCCAAGUGUCAAACUGGACUUCAGCCACGUUCAGGCCAAAUGUGGCUCGCUGGACAAACUCCAGCACACAGCAGGAGGAGGAAACAUCCAAAUCCAGACUAAGAAGAUCGACUUGAGCCACAUCACUGCCAAAUGUGGCUCCAUGUCCAACAUCCACCACCGGCCAGGCGGAGGACACGUGCGUAUUGAGAACGUCAAACUGGACUUUAAAGAUAAGGCUCACGCCAAGGUCGGCUCCCUGGAUAAUGCUAGCCACAAUCCCGGCGGAGGAAAUAUUAUGAUUGAGAGCCACAAGCUGAGUUUCCGGGAAUCGGCCAAAGCCCGAGUGGACCACGGCGCCGAAAUCAUCGUCACCCACACCCCCGGUAUAGAGACGGGCGGACUCUCCCCUCAGCGCUCCUCCGCUGGUAGCAUUAACAUCCUGGAGUCGCCACAGCUCUCCACGCUGGCCCAGGACGUCACCGCUGCUCUGGCCAAGCAAGGCUUAUGAGCUGACUGCCUCUUACUUCACACACCUGAAAACAACAAAAAACAACAAAAAACAACAAAAAAAAACAACAACACCAUCAUUACUUCUCCCCUCUGUCUCAUUCAGUGAUCAGCACCCGGUGUCGUUCUUGAUUUUAAAUCUUAACAUUAACUCCCUUCAAAGGAAACACAUCCUGGUCACGUUGUUGUUGUUGUUGUUAUUAUUAUUGUUGUUAGUUUUUCACUCAUUUUUUUAGUCAAAUGUUCUCUGUUUAGUUUUAGAUGGACUGAAUGCUAAAGUCUUUGUCCAAGAGAGCGGUUGAUUGGUUUUUCCUGAUUGUACAGUUUUGAUUUUGAGCGUCACCACAUUUUCCACGUGUGUGAGGACAGUUUGAGCUCGAGCAUGACGUCCAUCCACAAUUUAUACGGUACAAGAUACAGUGUAGCGACUUGAUGCUUAGACAAUAGGUUGUGUAAACAGUGGACGUCUUUCUGGUUUGCAGGAGUCCAAGCAGACAGGAACAGUUUGUUGAGUUGACACCAGGGGGCAGUACCACUGCGUGUCAAAAGAACUGAAUUUGAACAGAUAUAAUUUGGAAAAUUGAAAAAUAAGACCUUGUAUACAUAUAUAUACAUAUACAUAUAUAUGUAUGUGUGUAUAUAUAUAUGUAUAUACACAGUAUAUUAAAAUGUUUGAAAAUGACAAACUAAAAUACAAAAUAAAUAGGAUUUGAAUCUGGAAAAAUACAAUCUGAAAUACUAUUUCAAAAUAAAAGAGGGAGAGAGGCUUAACUUCCUGAAACAUUUCAAAAUAAUGGUCGAGCAGCAUGUUUGCUGAGAUGUAACAUUUUAAAAUUGCUUUUUUUUUUCCCUGAUAUUAUGUGCUGACAAAAACUGUCUUCUCUCUUGUUAUGUUUUCUUUUUUAUAUAAACUGUGCGUCACUGUAGUGGAAGUCCUUGCUGUUUUCUAUAUGUUCCCUGUGGCUGCUCUGGCUUAUUAGCACUUAAACAUAGUGUAUAACCAUUGCAGCUGUGUGUCGAGUCGAGUGCUAACAAAAAAUAAAUAGAUAAAGGCUAGCUUUCUGUUAAGAUCUUUCUCCUCUCUGCAAAAAAAGAAAAAAAAAAAGUGGCUGCUGUUUUAUUUUGUUUGUUUUUUAGCUUUGUGGGUUUAUAUAAUGCUGCAACGCUGUUGUUAUGCUGGCAUGGCAAAUGGAAUAAUGAGUAAAUUAGAGCUACUUGGAGGCACACCUUAACUUUUCAGUGCGAGUGUAAUGGCCGGUUUCACGUGAGAAGCUUUAUAUGAAAACUUUUGUUUUGAAAGGGCAGCUUCCUGGCUGUUUUUUUCUCUCUCUUUUGUGUGUGUGUGUGUGACUUUACAGGAAAUGAAACCAGAAACGACGGAAGAUCCUCAACCUGCAGCCGUUCAUUCAAGAAAAAAAAAAUAGAGUGAUUUUAAAAAAAGAAAAAAAAGUAGCAGCAUAUUCUCUGCUCAUUAUUGUGAAAGUCCUCUACUUCCUCUUCCCCUGCAGUGUUUUUCCCGUUACUCUUAUCCCCCCACACCCACUAUCCCCCGUCCUCUGCCUGUGUAAAUUGUAUUUAAAAGACCAUGUAGACGUGUGCACACUUUCCAAUGUUUGAUGACAAAUGCUCCUACAGGAUGACAACAAGAGAAAAUAAAGAAAAUAAAAAGUG